AUGAGAACGCGCAACAAUACAGCAGCCGCUCCUGCUGUGGUGGCCGGCCAGAAUAAUGCGACUACCAAUGGUCAGGGUCAUGGACACGCUCGUACCUUGUCUGGAGCUACGCCUUUCAACGAGCUGACGCCUCGCAGUCCGCCGAAUUCGAGUACAAAGAAUACCAAGCAUGUACCAUGCAAAUUCUUUCGUCAAGGUGCCUGUCAAGCGGGACCUGCUUGUCCUUUCCUUCACUCGACCGAUGCGGCUAUCGACUCUGCUCCGUGUAAAUAUUUCACCAAGGGAAACUGCAAAUUUGGAGCCAAAUGCGCCUUGGCACACAUCCUCCCCGACGGUCGUCGAGUAAACAGACCCAACUACGGCGGCCAAGGCGCUGGUGGAGGCAGUCAUUUGAAUCUCGGUGGUCGUGUUAAUCCUCAGACUUUCCAAACUCAGGACUCGGCACUUACAAACUCAGUAUUGUCGCAGCAACGCUUGAACGGGCAGGAUGGUCGAUACGGUGGCGGCUAUCAAUACCCUGGCCAAGGACAGGAGGAUUUACUGGGUGUACCCCAACAGAGUCAUCUUCAGCAACAGCAGCAGCAGCAGCAGCAAGCGCUGGAGGGACUUGGUUUAUCUACAGGCGAAAAUGGGUUGGUGUCAGAUUCCAAGUACGGUUCGCCAGUGGACGAGAGCCGAUUACAAACUUCCCCCCGCGUUGGAGCAUUGACUUUGCGUGACGUUCAACUUCCGGCUUCGUUCGAUAGUCAGGGUAUCUCGCAUGUGGCUCGAUAUGGACCUGUGGCGGCCUCAGUGCCUUCACAAUUUGGGUUGGAUCUCGCCUCCCCCCCGAUUCAGAGAGCACCUUCUGACACCUUGAGAACCCUGCGUGAUACGGCCUUUGGAUCUGAUUUACGCAAACCCACGUCGAACUUUGGAUCGUCGCCGCCUGCCAUAAUUGAGGAUUCGUAUACUUCUUCGCGGUUCCUUCAUUCGCAGCGUAUGGUUCCUCGGUCAAAGGUAUUUUCAGCUAGUGUUCCACGCCCAAGCAUGCUGGAUGACUGGGACGACAACUUCGCUAUGGAAGAGGAUUAUCUUCCGGUCAACCUGCACGACGAUGUACUUACGCCACAGGAGAAAAUGAGACGGCUCUCUCGAACCGAACACGAACUGAGCAGCAGCCAGCGCGACUUUAGCGGCUUUGAUCGUAUCGCAGGCACCAGUGCAACCAAAGUUGGCUCCCCAUUAGGAUCAAGCCCAUCUCGUUUCGGCGCAUUAUUCGCACGACAACGCCAGAGGAAAGAAGAGGAACAACAAGCAUUGACAUCUUCGUCGUUUAAUCAUCUGCACAUUGGCUCACCACUUCGCGAAUCCUCUUUGCAUUCCUUUAGCAAUACGAACAACAUCACUUCAAGUCCCAGUCUUCGCCCAAUUGGUAGCCGACCUACGUCCGGGGAUAUAUCGCCAUUUGUCUCGAGCCCGAAUCCGCGUCAAUCUUCUAUGUCUAUGAUUUCUCAGCAAUUGCAUAAUAUGUCCCUUCACCCAACUACCACCACUGCCUCUACGACUUCGAACCCCUCCCGACAGCCCCCUUCAGUUAAUAAUCUGAGCACCAGCAGAAAUGCCUCUUCACCCAUGACAUUUGCGACCAGCCGCAUCGACGAAGAAGAGCAAAGCGACCUGGUCUUCUCAAUGGAGGAAGAGGAGAAGGAGAACAAUAAGCGCACCAGCGCGACUUGGGCAGCAACCUCAUCUCCAUUUGAGAAUAAAAAACCCACCUCAUCUUCUUCGUCAGUUUCUUCGGGGACUACAGAGACCAACGGUUUCUAG